UCGGUUUGUCUCAGACAUGGCCGAAACCGGAGGAGAAGGAGCGCAGGAUGGACCCUAUUUUAACAAAGAAAGGGCAAAAUACAGCCCCGAAGAGGAGGCUAGACUGGAAAGGCAGCAUUUCUGGAGGAUAAUCGAUGCUUUUAAUUUUUACAGUGUCCACGUCCAGGAGCACGUCAAACGUGCUGAGCGUCAGUUUCGGAGCUUACCGCAGCGCCACCAGAAUUUGCUCCCAUGUGUUAUGUCCAACCUGGCGCGCAUCAGCCAGUGUGCGGACCACAACCAGGAGGUGCUGCAGGGCGUCGUUCACAACAGCCUCGACAUGUUUGAGAACAUUGGGUAUGGUGAGAGGGAGGAUAUUAGGAAGGUGCGUCCGUCCACUACGUUUGACAUGGACAAGCUCAAGUCCACCAUCAAGCAGUUUGUCAGAGACUGGAGCGAGACGGGCCGGGCGGAGAGGGAAACCUGCUACCAGCCCAUCAUUCAAGAGAUCCAAAAAUUCUUCCCAAGUGACCAAUUUGAUGUGUCUAAGGUGAGCGUGCUGGUUCCGGGCGCUGGGCUUGGCCGUCUAGCCUGGGAGAUAGCUCGGCUGGGUUAUAUAUGCCAGGGCAACGAAUGGAGCCUCUUCAUGCUCUUCUCCUCAAACUUUAUUCUCAAUAGGUGUGAAAAUGUGAAUGCUCUGAUCCUGUAUCCUUGGAUCCACCAGUUCAGCAACAACAAAAAAUCUUCUGACCAAACACGACCAAUCAGAUUCCCUGAUGUCAACCCUCAGAGCUUACCGUUAACUUCAGACUUCUCCAUGGUAGCAGGGGACUUUGUCGAGGUCUACACUGAAACAGAUUCCUGGGACUGUGUGGCUACCUGCUUCUUUAUUGACACAGCUCAUAAUGUAAUAGAGUAUGUGGAGACCAUCUGGAAGAUUCUUAAGCCUGGUGGAGUGUGGAUCAACCUGGGGCCACUGCUGUAUCACUUCGAGAACAUGGCCAAUGAGCUCUCAGUUGAACUUAGUUACGAAGACAUUAGGACAGCAAUGGUUAAAAUUGGCUUCCACAUUGAGGUGGAGAAAGAGUCGUUGCAGACCACCUACACAGAAAACGACCAUUCUAUGCUGAGAUACGUUUACGACUGUGUCUUCUUUGUAGCCCGAAAACCUGCAGGCCUGUAUUUUAAUUGUCAAGAAGACGACCAACAACAGACUUCCCCACCACCUGCUAAGUCACCUCGGCGAGAGGACACCGACAGCCUGACGUGACAGGAAAUCAUGUGACAAAAACGGUGAACAUAGCGGUGCACAACCGUUGACCAAGAGGAGAUUAGACUGACGAACUGAAAAAGAAAAUGGACACGCAAGAAAAGGCAUUACGGUUUACAGCCUUCAUUGACUUUCACUCUGUCUGUGUGUGAGAGAGUGAGUGUGUGAGAGAGAGAGAGUGAGAGAGAGAGAGUGAGAGAGAGAGAGAGUGUGUGAGUGAGUGAGAAUGUGAUUUGACCAUUUGAAAUCUAUUUAUUUGUCAAAGAUGGUGCCAAUAACUACAUAUACUCAUUUGCAUUGAUCAUCAUUCAUCUCUGAAAAUGUAAACAAAAAGGUGUUUCAGCUCUUCAGGAAUGAGCUGUUUUUAAACUUAGAGAUGAUUUUCAUAGACUUUUCUGGUUUCUAUCCACACUUUGGAAUAAAGCCAAAUUUUAAAAAUA